GCAAAAGCUAAAACUAUUGGUUUUCCUAAUGAUGUGUUACGCAGAAGAACGUAUUGACUUGUGCCUGGAAUUAGUUAGCGCUGAAGUAUGAUUAAAUGAAUUCACAUGACCUUCCACAAAGCCACGAUUAUGCUUCACCCCUAUCAUCUCCUAAUAUCACUGUUCAGUCCCAUUUUUGUUCUUUUGUUUACAAAGUUAUUUUUGUACAUGGCUAGCUCUUGUCAAAACUGGGCAAGUUUCUGAAAGAAGCUAGUUUAGAACAGUGAAUCAUUUUUGAAGAUGCAAAUUGGAGCUAACUGUGACAAACUUCUAUGUUACUUCUGGAAGUGGAGCAGCACUUUUGAUUCUGAGAUGUGAAGUUUUGCACUAGGUUCAUAUGGUCUGUUUUUCUAUCCAUAUUUUUCAUUAAAAUGACUUGACUGCACCUAUUGCUGGGCUAUAGUUAUGUGUGCAUGUAUAUCUUAAGUUGUUUAUAGGGGCAGCAGGAAGUGCCCCAGCUUGUGGAGAUGAGAGAGCAGCAGUGUGAUGGCCUCACCCACUCUGGACUCAUUCUGUUGCGCCAUACGCAAUGACAGCCUGGAACCCGCCAAGCAGCUGGCGCCAUACUUUCGGUCAUCCACAUACACAACUGUCUGCCUGGUGUUUGCCAUAUUCGGAGUGCUGGGUGCAUCAUAUCAGAUCCUGCACAACCACGUGAUCUUGGAGCGGAGCAGCCAGCGGCGUCCGACCUUCAUACUGCGCGGCCGCCGCAUCCUGCAGUGGCUGGGGUUUGCCGACUUGAUGGCUGCCCUAGGCGUGAUACUGCGAUGCGUAGCAUGGCUGAUGGACGACGCCCUGAUACGGAAAAUGGGCAUUGAUGAGUUCUCCAGUGACUUUUGCAUCGUCUCAUCGGCCAUCACCCAGUUCUUCUACACGGCCACCUACAUGUGGACGCUGCUGUACGCCGUGGACGUGCUGCGCACCCUGAAGGGCACCAACGGCUCGAUGGUGACGUACGGCCUGUGGGCGUGGCUGGUGCCGCUGGUACUGUCCGUGAUCGGCUUCCUGCUGCUCUUCGUGCCGGACACCAACUGCCACGCGCGGGGCACCAACAGCUUCCUGCGCCACUUCCCCAACUACGUGUGCGUGUACGUGCCGCUGGUGAGCGUGCUGGUGGCGUGCCCGCUGCUGGUGCGGUUCUCGCUGGCCAGGAUCCGCGCGCGCAUCGUCAACACUUCCAACCGCUUCAGCAACCGGGAGCGUCGCACGCUACUCUACCUGCGCUUCAAGUUUGUCUGCAUCAUCAUCGCCUUCUACCUGUGCUGGGUGCCGAACCUCGUCAACGGCAUCAUCCUGUGGAGCACGUGGCCUAAUAUACCUGUCAAGCCGGUGGUGGUCAUCUGGUACUUCAUGGCGGUGGUGAACCCAUCCCAGGCGGUGCUGAACUCGGUGCUGUACCGGAGCUGGGACCCGAGCUCGCCGAGCAUCCGCGACUGGCUGGCCGAGCGGCUGGCGGCCGUCACCUGGUGGCGCUCCACUCGCAACGGCCGACCCGAGAUGGAUCCGCUCUUCGAAGGCCCCAGCAAGUCCUACGACUCGUUCGAUGACCGGUAGGACACCUGUCGGCCGAUCUCAGAAGCUGUAUCGUGGAUUUUCUCCAAAGAUGGCAAAGCAAUAGAGACGAGCAUGCUGCCUGGAGUGAGUGCGUGCGGAUACUGCAGAACCUUCGAGCUUUCUAACGCAGAUUAUAACUCAACAACAUGCUCCUUAAUUGAUUUGUGACCUGUGCUCCGUGUGUUUACUGGCCGGUGCAGUACGAGACGGGCCUCAUUCGUUAUCCCUCGGACUCAAUUCAGCGUGUCCUGGCUCAAAAAGCGUGACCUGUCACUGACCUCACCAGCCCGUUCUGUUCCACGCCGUUUUGAACGGCCCUGAAUGGCUUGUGAGGAGCUUUUGCCUGUUGGUCUGCCUUCGGCGCCUGCGUGCGUCUGGUAUUUCCCUUGCGGUCGUGUAUGGCUCAUUCUGUAUCCCAGUGAGCCACCCAGCACUGUGUUGCCGGUCAUCCUUCGGGCUGCAUUGCCGCGGGGUGCCUGUAGUGAACAGCUUUGUAAGCAGGAAAGCUGGUCUCUGGGGAUCUGAACAAAAGCCAGCUCUUUCAUGUGUACCAGAUCAAUGUGAAUGAGCUGAUGCAGGUAGUUGUGGACGCGUGUUCCAUUUUUAGUGCCAUGCCAGGUUUUUCCAGGACCUGAUCUGUGAAUGUUUCUAGUUAUGUGCUUGCUGGGACCAAGUUGCAUUGUGCAUUUAUUUUGCUCAUGUUUAUCUUAGUGUGCAGACGUUUUGUGAUUACGUUAUGGCUCAGUCAAGUGGUGUAAUAUGUUGCCUGUGCUUGACAUGGCAUACAAGGGUGUGGUGGCUUUGUUCAUACCAGGCGUAGAAGUUUGUACCUUACGUUGAACGGAAUGUUGUGGCAAUUCAGUAUAUGUAAAAGGUAAUCAAAUAUCUACUUAUAGAGGACGGGGCGGUGUGGUGUGGGGAUAGAUGGAUACUGCGCGAUCGUAGCUGAGAAUCAACGUGCCCAUAAUCCUCCAAAAUCAUAUCUGGGGGUCUGUGUAGGAUUGGUACCUGGCAUCACCCGAGUUAUAUGCUGAGGUCUUGUCUCGGAAACUUCAGCGGCGUCACAUACGCCCACGAUUUCGUCGUUUUCAGUGUCAUUGAUCUCCUCUUGGCUCUCUGUCACCCGUCCGGUACCCGUUCGCUGUCGCACGAGCGCCGCAGAGGGCGGCCCGUUCUCGCUUGUGCCGCUCUGCCGCCGUGUUCGCCCGUGGCCGAGGCUGUGUAGAGCCGCGGCCCGCGGUGCGCGCUUCUGACCGGGCCGAGACGCAGCUGGGCCGGCUCCCUCAGCGGCUGGGCACGGCUCGUGCCCUCUCCAGCCGUCUGAGGCGCGUCUGGUCAGCGGCCCCGUGUCUGCUGCUGUCUGCCCACCUGCCUGCUGCCGUCUGCCCACCUGUCUGCCGACCGCGGCAGGCGGGCACGCACGCUAUGUGCCCUCCCGAUUUUGCGUGGCAUCGUUAGGCAAUAUAUUUGCAUUUUUUGAA